AUGGAAACUGCUGAAAGUUUGAGACGUUCAAAACGUAACAAGUUCCAUCUCGACAUUGCCGCGAUUCAUGGCCAUCCAAGCAAAAAGGUGAAUAUUAUUGUAUCUGAAUGAUAAAAUAUGAGAAAAGAAUAUCCAACGACUUUUGUUUUGCAGAGUCGCCUCGAUCCGCUAUCGAUCAACAUCGACGGCUCGGAAAUGAGUAUGGCGAACGGCGUGGACGGCGAAGAAGACGGGCGGCGCAAACGGCGUUCAGCUCCUGGACGAGGAUUUCUUUACGACGACAAUGACGACGACGAGGUUCUACAUUGUUUCCAUUGAAAUAGCUUGUUGUUUCUUCAAAAAUCAAAAAGUGGAAAAUUUUGAAAUUUCGGGCAGUAAAAGUGAUUCACCGCAUAUUUAUCUAUUUCACAUUUCAGGAGCUUGGUCGCGUGGGGCUGGAAGGGCGAAUUCCGGUGCAAAAAGUGUCCAGCGAGGUACGAAUCUCGCUCCGGAAUCGCAAAUCAUUCCAAACUACACACAAGUUGUUACCGUUCCGAAUAUCUUUCACAAACAAGAAAGUUCAGAAAUCAAGCGGAAGUUUCCCUGUGAGAUCUGCGACUUCUCCUCGGAAACCUUCAAGGCGCUCCGGAUCCACCAGAGGAUCCACCAACGCUUCGGCGUCGUCACCGCCACGCCCAGUCCUAACAUUCCAAAUGUGACUGCGACGACCUCCACCGCUCCGCAGCCUGCUCCGAUUUCUCAAAUCAAUAAGGUUCGCCUACAGUUUCAAUGAAUAAUCUGAUGUCAAUCGAAGGAUUCAGUGAAUUGAGCCAAAUUUCAGGGGGUUAAUGUAAUUUAAAAAGUAAAAAAAAAGUUUUCGUGGGAUCAUUUUUCUAUACGUACGCAAAAGUCGAAAAAAGCUCUAUAUAAACGUUCCUAGGGUUGAUAAAGACCUUUUUUUGGGGCAUUUCUGCUACACUCUUUCGCUCUUUUUUCACCAUUUUUUGAGUCUUCAAAGUUCUAGAAAAAAUAAAAGGACCCGAUAAAGGGACUCUUUUUGCUGCCUUUAUGCGUCCUUUUUUGAGCCUCUCCCUUUUAGCGGCCAUUAUCCACCAUUCCGACUUUGCAAAUAAAUUUAGGCAGUUUAUCAUUCCGUUAAUAUUUUUUUCAAUACGUCAUUUUUUUCACGGCAAACUGAAAAUUAUAUCUGUUGAUUUAAACCUGAGAAAAAGAAAUUUUUGAUACAAAUCUCAUUUAAAAAAUGCAAGAAUUUAGAAAAUAAUUUCUCAAUAGCUAUUUUUACUUCAAGGCUUUUCGUAAGAUCUCCAAAAUUUUUUGGCUAAAAGCCUCUCUUUCUUGAAAAAAAAAACGUCGGACUGUCCUAAUUCGCCCUGCUCCAGAGCACAUACACGAGAGCAGAAAACGGCGACGCGUCGGACAGAAGGUCAACGAGCGCGACCCCUCCGCGACUUUCGCCUGCCCUGCCCAAGCAGUCGUUGGCCGUGGCCGAGGCAGCCCCCUCGUCGUCGUCGCCGCCGCCUCUCUUACCCAAUCCUUCGCAACCGCCUGGUUCGUUUGCGUUAUCCGUCUAUCGAGAUAGCUGUCAAAAUAGUUGGAUCUCAUCAUCAAAUGUUCUUCCUCUGAACGAUCUUUUCAAAACCUUUCAAAAUUCCAAAAUAGGUAGCUUUUGUUUCAGAGUUAUGGAGCUUCAAAGACCGCAAAAUAUGACAAAAAAAAAACGCUAUUUUGAGCUUUUGAAGUGUCCUAACUUGAAAACGAGAUCUAUUGCGAGAAAUUUAAAAAUAAAAAACGUUCCCUAGUGAGAUGGGAAUUAAUUCCCCAGUAUAUUUUUGGAGAAAAAUUGUUCAAAGUACCUUUUUACCAAUACUUUUUUUCAUUUAUCAAGAGAAUAAUCAUUUAAAAAAGUGACACAACUCAUUAAAAAAAUAUUUAUUUUUUUAUCACCUAAUAUUAAGAGUAAAUUUUUGGCCUGCUUUCUUGAAAAAUUUUCUAAACUUGCUCAAAUAUUUUUAAUGAAUAUUCGCAUCUCCGCAAAUUUCUAGGUUUAGAGAUUCAUUUUCAAAUUUCGCGUUCAAGACAGAACCAAGUCCGAGACCCAUACUUUGCAGAUUUGAAAUUUCCCAUCUCUGAAACGAGAAUUUUGCGCAGAUAGCGAAUAUGUGCGUUUUCUUCCUAGUUUGAUCAAAUUCACAGAAAAUAACAGAACACAGGGCAAAAGACCAUUUGAAGCAACUUUCUCAACAUUUCAUCAAUACACAAAUUUCUUGGGAAAAAAAAAAUAGAUUUCUAAAAUUCUCCCGACAGUUCCUUGUUUCAGUGCUACAAGAAGGAGGGCAUAUGACAAAAUGUCCAGUUUGUCCUUUUACAAGUGAGUCGCCAGCAACUGUCCGCCAACACACGGCUGGCCACAAACGGACCAGCGGAUUCCAGUGUCCUGCCUGUUCUUUCAAGUUUCCUCCCGUCUAUUUUUCCGAAUUUAAGGUGAAAUUAUUCAGAAGCAUGUCACCGAUGGUGCUGAAGAAACACGCGGAACUUCAUGAAGUAGAAGCCGACGAGUUCGCUUUAGUUUAUGUUGGCGAGAAGGCCGAUCUGACGAGGAAAAAGAUCAAGUUCAAUCAGCUGAGAAGGGCUCAGGUGCGUUCGAAAACCGACUAAAAUAUUUCUCAAAGUGGACUUCCAGAUGUCGAUUUCUUCGGCGCGGAAAACGGAGAGCGGCUUCGAAUGCGACGUCACGGGCUGCGACUUCAAUACGACGUGCCGAACGCUUGUCGCAACCCACAAAUUGCGAGCUCAUCGUCCGGUAACUCCAGAAAACUGUCUUUUUUUCAUUUUCCUUUUCCCAGAAGAAAUUCGCCAAAAAUUCCAAGUUUUUCUGUCGGCAGUGUAGCGCCAAGUUCGCGACACAAUGGGAACUCCGAAGACACAAGGAAAGACUGCACAAAAGGUUCCGAAAUCCCAAUGCGCGGCUCUUUUUCCUCACUGAACUCAUUGGACACGACUUUCUCAUGAAGUGAGAUCAUCAUAGAGAACAUAUCUAAAAAGAAACUUAGGUUCUUCGACCAGUCUUCUCCUAAUAAAGAAGUGGUCGCGUCGCCGGAGCCUGAAAGUCCUAGCCCAUCUUUGGAGGCCGAAGAAAGUCCUAGCUGCAGGUAUGUUUUGAAAAACUGUGGUUAGUAGCAUUUUUGAAUUGUUAUUCGGGUUUUCAGACCUCAUACGUAAUUUUUUGAGUUGUCUCACUGAAAAUUAAAAAAAUUUCUCACAAAAAUUCAAUUCUAAUCACUCUCUUUUUCAGUUCCACGGUUACCGACCGAACGGAGGAUUCGACGCAGGUAUUGACUUACCAGUGUGACAUGUGUCCUUACAAGGCGCCCAACCAGAGUCGCAUGAAACGUCACACCCAGAAACACCUCGUGAGCAGCGAUAUCAAGGUUUGAAGUCCAACAAUUCACCGUCUAAUUUCUGUUCCAGUGCAAAAGCUGCACCUUCUCUUGUCGUGGCGCUGAUGUCAUGGCCAAACACGAGCAACUUCACUCGAUAAACGAAAACGCAGAGAAAGCUGCGGAAUCAGUGAGUCCAAUUUGAAAAUUCUCACUUUUAGUAAUAUUUGAAAAAAAGGGUGAAAAAAGGUCAUUUUAAUUUUUCAACUUUUUAUUUUGAACUGAAAAAAUUAUCAAAAGUUCGAAGUUCUAGAAAUAAAUUUAAUGUUUCGACGUUUUAGAAAAAAAUUAAAAGUUUUGCGCGUGUAUUACGCUGUUUAGUAUGCAUCAUCUCAACUGCAGACAAAAACAGCAAACGCUACGUAAAUAUAGUUGUGAGAUUAAAUUGGUUCGGCUGUGACUACUUUUUUUCCGAAUUGAUCGCUUUGUUUUGCAAUUUUUAAAUGUAAAUCAGACACCAAAUGCAAUUUUUUUCAAACCUACUUAAUUUUAAAGUUCUUGAAACGCUUUUCUUUUUUAAAUCGAAGAAUUUUGUAGCCCAAAGUCAACGGGACCUUGGUAGAGGAAUCGCGCAAGAAGGUGACGGAGAUUCUGCACUCGCAGCCGUCUUCGACAUCUUUACGCGAGGCUCUGAAGAAGUGGCUGACGUCUGGAAAGCGACACUCGCCCAACUCGCAAGCCUCCACCAGCGCCAUCUCGAUCCGCGUUGUCGGCGACGACGGAGUGAAGAAGAGACGGUGUGCCUUGUGUCCUUACGAGACCAAGUUCCUGGGAGACAUGCGUACUCAUCGCGCCAUGCACUCGAUGAACGCCAAGUACCGUUGUACGCAAUGCAGCUACACCACGAAACGCAACGUUUCCCUGCGCCAACACCUCAGCUUGCACACCAAGAUGAACUUGAAAAGUGUUCGUUUUUUACAUCUAAUUAAUUUACCUAAAUAACUGCAUUCACAGGAUAUUUUUUCCAUGUUCAAGCCUAAGUUAUUUUUUGAACUUUCAGGAAAACAUGCGUCCCCACAAAAUAAUCAUCUCUGGUAAACAUGUCGGUAUGAAACGAGGGAGCGGACCUUUGAGGAAUUACUCAUGCAAACAAUGCCCCUACGUGACGUCCAGUUUGGCAACAUUUUGGCGUCACGCCAGGUGGGCUUUUUCAUUGCACUCUUUACAACGAGGUUUUUUCGUUUCAGGAGACACGAUUCCCCUGCAAAACAGAACGUGUGCUCGAUGUGUAACUACAGCUCGGCGUUUGUCGACAAAAUGGAGGAACAUCAGCUUCUUCAUCCCGAAGGAUCUUCCUACAUCAAGGUCUUAUUUUCGAGAAAACUUUUCGAAUCGGUUGUGUCUUCAGAAGUUGUCUACCAACGAGUUUACCAGUUGUGGGAGCAUGCCUCAGCUCACACAGGCACUUCCGCUCCCUUCGUUCUCUGUUUCUUUCGCAUCCACUUCGUCCAGGUUUUCAAUAUUUCUUGGUUUAUUUCACGAGAUAUUUUUCCAGUGAGCCCUGCUCUCCGAUGAAGCCUGUGAGCUCGGUCUCACCGCUACACGUUCGCCCGCCUUCGGAACGGUCGACCAAGGGCAAAAAGUAAUAAGAAUCACUAUUUGAUUCCGAGUAACGUGUCCAGAAUUGACAGGAACGAACAAUAUCAAGCUGUGGUGCAGUCGGUGAAGAUGGUCGACGCCAAGCCAGAAGUCAACUUCGCGACGCCGCUCUCCGUUGACGUUGUCGCCGCGAUGCGCGUCAUGAGACAGCGAAUCGGUCCCUCGGAAAACAUCGCCGUCCACGAUUUCUUGAAGCUCGAGAAAAAGGCCGAAGGUCCGGGAUAAGAAAAAAAAACAAUCCGAUUAUCUUAUCAUUGUCUACUUUUCCACGCUUCAUCUCUGUUAUCCUCAAAUCCCUCAGAUAUCAAAGGAAAUCAUUGAAAAAAAUAUUUCAAGGAAAAAGCUCAUUUUCGUCUUAUUUAUUGCACUUUUUUUCUUAUAUUAUCUUGUUUCGAUCACAGAAAAUCUAUUCGCAAAAGCGAUGGUUUUUGAUUUCCACGAUUAUAGGCUGUGAUAUCUGCGUACACAUGAAUACGGUCCUAAGAUUUGCGGACUUGAGAUUUUGUCGUACCGUCGCCAAUAUUAUUCCGCUCACCCAUCUUACUUUCAGAAGAAUUGCAAUGUCCGGACUGUCCUUACUCGGACGAAAACGUGACCAUGUUCCGUCUUCAUCGCGACAUGCACGCCGGCCCUCGAAGAUCCUUCGCUUGCAACAUUUGCUCCUACAGGUUUUUCGCCCUUCUCCCUGAAUCCUCUCAACUUUUUCUCCUUCUCAGCUCUUGUACGGCCGAAGCUUUGCACUUCCAUCUGAAUCUUCACAUUCCGCCACUGAGCCCUGCGAGCGCCGCCAAUCAAAAGUGAGAAAGAAAAGCGAAAUUCUUCAUUUGAUCCCAUAUUUUCCAGGAAAAAGCAGCUGAUUCGUAAGCGUUACCCGAAUUCGGAGCCCAUUCCUCUCGGGUCCAAGUAUUUCACGUGUACGCAAUGCACCUACCGGACCGCAGUUGAAGUGAACUACGUCCAUCAUCGUUUGGAGCAUGCGAUGGUUUGUUGGAGCAUUUUUAGAGCCAGAAUUUUAGAAGUUAUCUUGGGAAAAAAAAUUUUCAAAUCGAUUAGCUUUUUGGCCAAUUUUUAGUAAUUUCCAAUGUUAAAAAAAGAAUGCUCGCUGCCUGCUAAAACUUUAAAAAUAUGACGAAUGUUCUUGAAUUUCUUUGUAAUAAUGAAAAGUUAAGAAACUCGAAAAUUCAACCUGAGUGAAUCCCGCGUUUUAGGACAAAAAACAACUUCUCUCUCGGGCUCUAAUUUCAGUACAUUAGGUUUUACCACAAAUUUUGAGAAACAGCUUAUUUUAAAAGUAUGAUCGGUCCCCAUUUGUUAGUGAUAAGCAUUAAGCAGUCCUUGCAUAACUUUUCCUAUUAAGGAUGAUUAAUUUUUGGGUUUCAGAACAUGCAACAGAGGCUGAUCACGCAAAUCAAGCGAGCGACGACCCAGGACGACGAUUCGCGGAGAAAAGAGCGCUUCAGACGAAUCGCCAAGAAAGGCGACAAAGAUGUUUGUAGAGAAAGAUGAGAAAAGGUGAAAAACUAUAAGUUUCAGCACAUGUGCAACAAAUGUUGUUUCCGAUGCGAAUUGUCGGAGACUUUCUCGCGACACGUCGACAUGCACGGCCAGAACUCGAUCCAUCAGUGCAGGUCUGACCCCGCACCGAACCUCCUUCAGAAUCUAUGUUUUCAGAAUCUGCGAUUAUUCUUCGAUGACGAAGAGCGUUGUCGAAUUCCACGAGAGCAAUCAUCAUUUGGACCUCACGAUGGGGUUGAUCGAAAAGAAGGCCGCUUUGUGUCCUGAUCUGGUCAAGGUUUGUUUUGCGCAAUUUUUUGACCUACCUUCUGAAAAAUUUAUGUUUUCUGACUGGCUUUUUUUUCUUCUUUUCACGUUUUUUUUUGCGCAAUCCGAAUGUUUUGUUUUGAGGGUUGAUAUAGUGCGUUCCGCGCGAGACGGUCACGUUUUAAAAGUACAAAAGAAAAAGCUCCCGUACAAUCUUUUGCUAUACAACACUGCUAAAAAAGACAACAAAAAAAGGUCUUGAAGCGAAGAUGCUCAAUUUCGAUCUAAUUUGGUAUAGGAUCUAUUGGCGGAAAGAAAAACGUGAUAACCUGUCGCGGAAUGGGCUAUAACUGUGUUGGAUUCAUUAGACAGGAAUAAAAUUCGAGUUAGAACGGAAGUUUUCUCAAAUAUGUUUCAUUGAACGUUUAUUUUGAAUUUUGCAUAAAAGGCGGAAAAUAAAAACUUGAAAAUGGAAAACUAGUUUGAAUAUUAUCCGAUGAAGUUUUGUCAUAAAUACGAUUUUCAUUCCCUUAACUCUGAUGUUUCAGUUGGAAGUUCCAACGCCGACAGUUGCGGAGCGAGUCAACAUGACGGGCCAAGAACUCCGAUGUGGAGAGUCAGUUUCAUUUCCUUCAACAUCUCUCAACAUAUCCCUGCUUUAGAUGCAACUACUCGACGUUCCACGCUCCUGAACUCGGCGAGCACUUCGCCCAGAACCACGCCAACACGGAGGAAAUGAAGCGCGAGGCCGAGUUCCUGCGGAUGGGCCUCUUCCCGCGCAACACCAUCUCGACCACCUCCUGA